UAUACUUUUUUUUAGCGGAAGUUUAUCUUGUCGGUUGAAGCACGAGAUUGGGUUGAGACUACUGUUAGAGAUGCAUGGAGAAGAUACAAGUACAAGAUUAAGCAACAUCAUUUUCUAAAGUAUCCCAACAUGACCGAAAGACUUAAACAUCGUCCUCCAAAGGUGCCAAUAGCUCAUUUUAGGGCGCUUUGUGAAUUCUGGAGUAAGGAGCCUAUACAAGCAUUGGCUGAAAGUAACGCUAGAAAUAGAGCUCAGCUGAAGUGGCUGCAUCGAAUGGGUCCCCAAAACUUCUCUCUGACUCGUGAAAAACUGCGUGAAAAGGAAAAAAGAGAGCCCACUCAAUCAGAAAUGUUUUUUGAAACUCGAAAAGGAAGUAGAGGAAAACAAUUGGAUGAAGAAACUGGAAAAGUAUUUUCCCAACUUCAAGAAAUGGUUGAAAAGAAAGGAAGUGAUACUGAAGCUUUUAAAGCUGUUAUGGGAAAGGAGCGUCCCGGAAGGUUACGUUGUUAUGGGAGAACAGUAACUAAAACUUCCUUAAAGCGAAAGGUUGAGAUUAAUGCUUUGAAACAAGCACAUAGUCAAGAGGUAUCUAUUUUGAGGCAUGAAUUUCAAGAUCAGAUUGAUAGAUUGCAAAAUGCGUUUAAGACCGUCAUACAACAAUGCAAUCCUCAAUUAAAUAUGGCCUCAAUAGAACAUUUGCUAGGAUUAUCUCAUGGAGAUGCUAACAGCUCCCCAAAGGAUAGUGGAGCACAAAUGCAUUCCUCUACUUCAAUUCAUACUCCAUGUCCUGAAAAGCAAGUUAUCAAUGAAGAUGCUGUACAGGAUGAUAUAGAUGAGGAGGAAGACGUAGAUGAUGAAUUUCUUGAGGACGAAUUUCUUGAGGACAACUUAAGUGAUGAAUUUCAGGAGGAUGAUAUAGAUGAUGAAUUUGAGGAGGAUGAUAUAGAUGAUGAAUUUCAAGAGGAUGACCUAGAUGAUGAAAUUCAAGAGAAUGACAUCGGUGAUGAAUUUGAAGUGGACGAUUUGGCUGAUGAAUUACAAGAUAAACUUGAAUGA